UGACACAGGGACCCGGCGCUGGGAGGCGGAGGAGGAGGCGCCUUCCUUCCAGCAUGGCCGGGUCCGAAGAAGAAGAGGCAGCCGGGGCCGCCGCCUUGGCCGAGUCCUGCCGCCUGCGCCGCCGCCGCCGCCGCCGCCUUGGCCGCCCAGCCAUGCCGGCCUUGCUCUUGUCGCUGGGCUUGGUCCUCUCCCGAGGCUGCUGCGGUGCCUUAGCUGGACCAGUAGUUGAUCCACAUGUGAGAGCAGUAUGGGGGAAGAAUGUUACACUGAAGUGCAUAAUUGACAUAAAUGAAACAUUAACACAAAUUACAUGGGAGAAGAUACAAGGAAAGAGUGCUCCGACUAUUGCUGUUCACAAUCCUGAAUAUGGAUUUUCUGUUCAAGGAGAAUAUCAAGGAAGAGUAUCACUUAAAAACACAUCACUUACUGAUGCAUCAAUCAUACUAGAGAAUGUUACCUUCUCUGAUUCUGGAGAAUAUGUAUGCAAAGCAGCUACAUUCCCUCUAGGAAACUCUCAGUCAACAACAUCUGUAACUGUAUUAGUUGAACCAAUUGUGAGCCUGACAAAGGGACCAAAUGCUUUAAUAGAUGGAGCCAAUCAAACAGUUGCUGCCAUUUGCACAGCAGCCACUGGAAAACCAGCUGCAGAGGUUGUCUGGGAAGGUGAUCUUGGUGAAAUGGAAUCCACUUCAACUUCGUAUCCAAAUGAAACUGUCACAGUGGAGAGUCAAUACAAGCUUGUCCCCACCAGGUUUGCUAGAGGAAGACAUAUAACUUGUGUUGUGAAACAUCCAGCUUUGGAAAAAGAGAUAAGAAUGGUGUAUGUGUUGGAUAUUCAGUAUUCCCCUGAAGUUACAGUAACUGGGUAUGAUGGAAAUUGGUAUAUAGGACGAGAGAAUGUUUUACUCAGGUGUAAUGCUGAUGCAAAUCCACUGCCAAUGGAGUUUACGUGGAGUCGAACACUCAAACUGCCUGUAAACAUUUUGCAAUUCAGAUUGGAUGGAAGUUGGCCUGAAGGUUUGCAGUCCUUAAACAAUACUCUGCAUUUCAACAGUCCAUUGACUUACAAUUAUACUGGAACUUAUGUUUGUAAAGUGGCCAAUACGCUGGGCCAAAGAAGUGAUCAAAAGACUAUCUACAUAUUAGAUCCUCCUACUACUACCACCUCACCACCCACGAUUCCAUGGCUUCCUUCAACUGAUGGCAUCACAGGUUUAGCAACUCAGCCAAAAGUAAGGCUUUUUCCAACAUCACCCUGGCCAGCAAUGCAGGAAGACAAUUGGGGCACCGUCAUCGGUAGUGCAGUGGGCGGGGCUCUUUUCCUGAUACUUGUAUGUGUUUUGGUUGGAAUUAUCUGGUAUAAGAGAAGGAGGACGUUUCGUGGUGACUACUUCGCUAAGAACUACAUUCCACCAUCAGAUAUGCAAAAGGAAUCCCAAAUAGACUCUCUCCAGGUAGAGGAUGUGGAUUCUUAUCCUGACAGUGUGAAAAAGGAAAUAAAACCUCCAGUGAACAGUCUCAUAACUAAAGACUACUUGGGAGAAUCAGAAAAAACAGACUGGAAUAAAGUAGACACUAUUAACAGGUACCAGGACAGGUAUGAAAGACCAAUGGAUUACUAUGAAGGUGGAACACUUGGAAUGAAAUACUUGGGUGACGAAUGCUAUGAUGAAAAUGAAGAUGACUUAGUUUCACAUGUAGAUGGCUCUGUAAUAUCUCGAAAGGAGUGGUAUGUGUAAUGGCCACUUCCAAAUCUUGACUAUACAUAAAGCUCCUUCAUUAGCUGAUCACUUUCAGAUUGUUUAUACUUUUUCUUGAGGAAUAAGCUUUUUGAAGUUGAUUUUGAAGCUUUUUAUAUUCUAACUUGACAAAAGAAAUGUAAAAACCUCAUUUAAAUGUACUGAAGCUGCUUUAUGAUUUUUCAAUGCUGUACUACUGUCUUUCACAAGAAACACAUUUUAAUAUAGUGAUUUAUUUGGCCAGUAGCACAAGAUAAGAACUGAGUGCUAAGUGGGAAAAUAUUGAAAUUGUUAUAAAAAAGUUGAAAUUAAGCAAAUGUUUUUCCUUGUGACUACAAAUUUAUGAUCAAGAGUGAUCUUGAUAGAACUUUUUGAAUCUGUAAUUCUACUCAAAGGUAACAAGAAACUGAUUCAAAAACAGCUGAUCUAAGGCAUGUUUUGUUUACAAAGUAAUUUUUAUGAUAUAAAAUAUUCUGAAGGCACAGUUUUUGGAAGCUUUAUUUUUAGGUUUUCUGCACAAAAUUUAAUACCUCUACAUUUUUGAGCCUUGCCAUAAUUAGAUACUGUAGUGGGUGGUACCUUUUACAGAUGAAUUGUUGCACUGAACCUGCCACAAUGGACUUUCAAUGAUCAAAUAUUGCAAUGCAACAGAAUUGCUAUAUUUUAUUUCCAAGCACUGGAAUUUGAGAUUCCAAACACUUUACUUACAUUUCCAGUAGAACCCCUUCCAAAAUAUUUUUUCUUAAGUAUUGCUUCAGUACAAGUGGCUUACCUUAAUAAGUUUUCCCUAAGCACUCUGCAGAAUGUUCAUUAAGCACAAGGCUAGGGAUGUGUUGAGUUGAAUCUCUGAGGCAGCUUCUACAAUUGAGUGAAGAUGCAUUUUAAGAAAUAAACAUUUUGACUUUUCACAGCCUUUGGUGGUAUUACAAGAGAGAGGUGUGCUAUAGGAAGGCAUAUUGACUAAAGAGCAGAGAAGAGUUUGUCUUGUUUAUUCUGAGGAGCAGUAUUUUAUAAGUAUAUGUCAUUCUGGAAAGUGAUGUUAUUUUGAAACAAAAGAGUGACUAGACACAAACAGAUGUCUGCUUAAACAGAAAAGACACCAGCUAAUGGCAUACUCUUAAUGAGGCAUUUUAAGAAAUUUAGGCUACUUGAAAAAAAUACAUAGUGGUACAGGGGAAAAACUUAAAAGAGCAAGUUGAUCUGGUGGAAGAAACAAACAUAAGUAAGAAAGGGAGUUUGUUUUCUUUUACAUAAGAGAUAGUCAGUUGUGCUGUUUUAAAAGUUUUGUUACACAUUCAGUUUUGGAACAUGAAUGUAUCUGGUUGUGCAGCAAAAUGUAAGUGCAACCAGUAAUAUCUCUACAGUAGUUUUAAGCAUACUUUCUUAACAACACGUCCCACUGAAAUUAGUGGAGACAUUGAUAAAAAUAUGUUCAAAAUAGAAAAGACGAUUGUGUGUGUGUGUGUGCUUCAAAAAGCUGGAGAUUUUUUUUAAUGCAUAUAACAGAUUAACAUAGCAGCAUGAGUGCAUACAAAAGUAAUGUUGUGUGUCAUCUACUUCCCAAUAUUAUCUUUGGAGUAAUAUGAACACGUAGCAAAAAGAACUACAGUAUUUUAGAGCUUUUCAGUGAGUACAGUAUCUGUAUUAAGGUGCAGUUUUGACAGUACACUGUGAUUUGGUUGCAAUGUCUUCAAAAUGUUACUGCAGUUUGGUAUUAUAAAUACAUGAAACUGAUUUUCUGCACAUCUCUAUCACAUUGAUAAAUCAACUGGUAAUAUUGUUUUACUCAACCAAAGUCUCUUUUCAGUACAUUUGGAAGUAAAAUAACAAACCAUGCUUUCCUGUGAACUCAAGUGAGUUUCUCUAAUUACUUCAUGGAUCUGAUCCAUCUCACUAGCUGAACUACUGGCUUCAGAUAGCUCUUGGUCCAGUACUAAACUAACAGCAGGUCCUAAAUUGUGUAAUUUUUAUUUUCUUAAAGAUAGUCUGUGAUCUUACAAACAUCUCCAUUGUAAUCUGUAGUGGCAUACUUUGUGUAAGCCCUCCAAAAGCCUUUUCUUGUAAUAUGCAAAUCUAGAAGCGAGUACCUGUGUUCUUUAAGUUUGUUAAAUUUAUCAAGAAUUUUACAGUUCAAUAUGAAGAGGUUCAUAAUAGGUUUAAGAUGUUCAGUGUUGCAGUGUUUUUUAAUGUAUGUUUGGUGUAAAUAAGAGAACUGAUUGUAAGUUUGAAUAGCUGUUGUGUGAAAUAAAUCUUUUGUUAAAUUAA